AUGACCUCUACAUCUGAUAAACGCAAGACACGUAUCGCUCUACAAGAGAUAAAAAGGGUUGUGCGGUCUCCACACUCCGAACCCGGGUUCCAAGAGCCAGGAUCGAGUUUCUGGGACCGCUCGGUGCCUCAAGAUGUAUCAAAGCAACCCGAAGGAAAAAGAACCUCCUCACCCGAAAGGAGAGAGUCCAAUGAGAACGCCGCACCCCUCGGGCUUCACUUGCCAAAGGCCGUCGCGGCAGGGCUGAGAGCGCACGAGUAUGUAAAAAUACAUGACGAAUCCCCUUGGAAUAGGUUUCAGAAAGUCUACGAAUUGAAGCUCGAAGAUUUUACGACUGUUGCGAUGAGAAAAGCCUCCCCGUGCGAGGUUGUUAUGGUGAAGGAACUUCAGACGCCGGAGGGCGUUGAGAAGCUUCGCAUGCUACAACAGAUCCGGCACGAGAAUUUUAUUGCCUUCCUCGAGUCCUUUCAGUACCAAGAACGCUCUUUUGCCAUUCUUGAACACAUACCUAUCUCUCUCUCACAGAUCGCCGCCUCUCCUCCCUAUCCUACCGAGCUUCAGCUCGCCGCCAUACUCGGACAGGCAGCGAACCAGGAGCAUUGCCGCAAGGUCGACUCCUCGCACGAUGACCAUCGGGACUUGAGAGCGGUCGGCCGUAUCGCCACGGAACUGAUGCAGAAAUAUGUCAAAGACGACAAUGCCGUCGGCGUGGAGGAUCUAUAUCGUUGGCCGUCUACUUCCAAAGCCGUCGUCUUCCUAUCGGAAACCACGUCUGCCGUUUCCGUGAACGAAUUGAUCCAGGUGGGUAAACAUAUCUGCUCAAGCGACCGGCUAACGUCUCUAGAAUCCUCUCAUCCGGUCUCCUUGGCAGUUGGAAGAGCUGAAGUGGAUGGUUGA